UGUGCUCUGCGCCUUCGCCUUUCGGCGGUGGCGUGAGGGGAGCGGGGCCGGUCGGCUGGAGUGGGGGAGAUUUGCGGGGUGCUGCUGCAGAGAUGGUGUCGCUGCUGCCGCGCAUCGAGCGGCUUUCGUCGCGAGUGGUGCGAGUACUGGGCUGCAACCCGGGGCCCAUGACUCUGCAGGGCACCAACACCUACCUGGUGGGCACCGGGCCCAGAAGAGUCCUUAUUGACACUGGGGAACCAGCUAUUCCUGAAUAUAUCGGCUGUUUAAAGCAGACGCUGUCAGAGUUCAACAUCUCAAUUCAGGAAAUUUUAGUGACACACUGGCAUCGUGAUCAUACUGGUGGAAUACCUGAUAUCUGCACAAAUAUCCCUAAUGAGUCUGAAUAUCGCAUCUGUAAGCUUCCUCGUGUCCCUCACCAUGAAGAAAUAAUAGAAGGAGGACAUAAAUAUUUUUAUCUUGAAGAAGGAGAUGUGAUACAGACAGAGGGAGCCACACUCAGAGUGUUAUAUACGCCUGGACACACUGAUGAUCAUAUGGCUUUACAUCUAGAAGAAGAAAAUGCUCUGUUUUCCGGUGACUGUAUUUUAGGGGAAGGAACAACUGUAAUUGAAGACCUGUAUGAUUACAUGAAAACUUUGAAGAGGUUGUUACAAAUGAAACUAAAUUUAAUAUAUCCAGGUCAUGGCCCAGUAGUACGUGAUGCAAAUGCUAGAAUCCAAAGCUACAUUUCUCACCGAACAGCACGUGAACAGCAAAUUCUAAAUGUUUUCCAGAAGAAUGCUGGAAAAUCAUAUACGUCCUCGGAGCUUGUAAAGAUAGUAUACAAGGAGAUCCCUGAAAAUUUACUUCCAGCAGCAGAAAAUAACCUCCUAGUCCACUUGAAGAAGUUGGAAAAAGAAGGAAAAGUGUUACAUGACAUGUCUCCCAACUUCAGAUGGAGAAACAAUUUAUAAGUUACGCAAGAUUGCUCAAGAAUAUUUUUAAUCUGCAUAGUUGCUGCAUGAAAAAAUAGAAUGAUGAGCUCAGAUGAUAUGUAAAAUAAAUACUAAUUCUUCCUUCCUUUUUUUUAAACAGUGGUAACACCAUUUCAAAGCAGUGUUACAGUCAGUUAAAUAAUGUUUUUCAUAUUCUUCUUUACAGAAAUUUUCAAAAUGACCUGAUACAUACUGAGCUAAUAAAAUGGAAUGAGUGUGAAGAACUGAAUGUUACCUCUGCUGUAAAAUAUCCAGUUUUAUCACUGGUGGCAGAAAACAAAACUUAAUAAUAACAUAUUAUAAAGCAAUAUUAUAAACUUAGUAAAUCAGAUAUGUAAAAAAUCUCUAGUAAAAGAAUAGAAAAAAUGUUUCAUUUGCUUGUGAUUUUCAAAAAGUGAUUUUCUAACAAGUUAUCUGUACAUUCUAAAAAACAAGUUAUUUUUGUUAACAGAUGUAAAUACUGGGGUUUAUAUUCUUUUUCUAAUUUAGCUGCCUGUGCAUAUCUUUGCUGGUUGCUCACUGCAAUAGGUUUUAACGAACACCGAAAGUAAUUCCAGACUUCUCUGUUUCCUGGCAGAAACACUAUUUUUACGGAAUUCAAAGUAUACAUUCAUUUUACCUAAUUCAUGUCAAAAAAUGUGCAGAGUUGGAGCAGACUCUUGAAUUCUUUACCUUGUAAGACUCUGCAAAAAUGUGAUUAAAAAGCUGUAUAAAUUGAGAUAUGUAUUACCAUAUGAAGUUGUCUAUAACUAACAAGCUUCAAGUUUUGCUGUUAAAUCCAUUUAAACUACAAAUAUUUUAUUUAAAGCUUUUACUUGGUUGUAAGAUACUGUAUAGUGUAUUAAAAUACAAUAUUGGAAGAUUAAA